AUGAUUGACGAGUCAAGUGCCAAGGUCGCUGGUGGCGGGACUCGACCUACCAAAUCACCCGGUACCGCAUCCUUGACGCGUGACGUCACGCGUUCACCCCGACAGCCACGGGCCACGGGCUUUUCGGAUCUUUUGACUGGGUCCAAGAACUUCGCAUGCGCAUGGAGUCAGGGCCGCUCUUCGCGAGACCAGAGUGGCGACAACCCACCCUCACUCGCCGCGAUGCUAUAA